AUAACCUAUACCAUAGUUAUUUACAUGGUUAAGUACACGUGAAUUUUGGGAAGAAGAUGCAGUUAACAAUGUCAAAAGGAUUUAAUAAAGAAGAAAUACGUAAAAUGCUUCAGAAAGAGGAACAAUUUAUUUCACAUAUAUUAUCUAUAAUGCCCGUGUCGACGCAUGAAUUCGCUGAAAAAAAUGAUCCAACGAAGGAAGAAGAACCUACAAAAAAAGUGAAGAAUUUUGUUAUACCAGGCAAGAAGACUAAAAGAGCACAGUCCUUUAAAGAAUUACAUGCAAAAUUGGAGGAAUUGAAGGGUGUAAAGAAGUUGCAUUACAAACAGAAACUUCUUAAGAAAACUUUGAAAAAUAAAUUGAAGAAGAAGAAGAAGAAGGAAGAGCGUUUAUUACAGAGAAAGCUUGCUAGGAUAGAACAAAAUACAGUUGAUGGGAGUAAAAUAAAGACAGAAAAUGAAGAAGUACCAAAAGUGCCAAAACCUAAACCAGUUUUCAAUUCGGAAGGUAAAAUGGUGUUUAGCAAAUUUGACUUCUCUGAGAUUGGCGUAAAGAAGAAAUUACCUAAAAGUCAGAAUGACCCUAAAAAGAUGUUACAACAACUACAACAGAAAAAGGAAAAAUUAAAGCAAUUAGAAGAUUUAGGAGAUAAAGAAGAAGCUGAAGACAUUAGAGAGAAAGAUACAUGGAAAUCUGCAUUGGCAAAAGCAUCUGGUGAAAAGGUUAAAGAUGAUCCCGAUUUACUGAAACGUACUAUAAAACGGAACGAACAGAAAAAGAAACACAGUGCAAAUAAAUGGAAUUCCAGGAUAGAGAAUGUACAGAAAUCUAUGCAGGAAAGGCAAGAAAAGCGACGAGAAAAUAUUAUGAAAAAGAAGAAAGAAAAGAAACAGAAUAAAUUGAAAAAGGCAGCAAAGAAAGGACGCAUAAUACCCGGAUUGUAAUUGUCAAUUAUUUAUAUAGCUAUAAUUGCAAAUUAACUUUGUAAAAUUUGUUAUUACGUAUCCUGUCGAAAAUCAUUCUAUUCAUCAAUCUGAUAUAGGAAGGCAGAUG